CUGACUUUCUCUUAGGAAGCGAACCCACCCCACCACCCACAUGGACUUAACCCCCCAUCCUGCACCAAGAUCUCUCAGAUAAGAGAACCAAAUGUUAAAAGUCCCACGGUCCAGGUUUAAAACAAAGGGGGACCAUGCUUUUACUGUUUCAGCUCCAACACUGUGUCACGAUCAGAACAACAGUCAGUUUCUCAGUUUCUCAGUUUAAAAAGCGUUACAAAAACCCACCCAUAUACACUUACAUUUGUAUAUUUGUUAACUAUUUUAUUGUCUCUCACCUCUUUAAAUCCCUGUUUUAUGUAUGCUAUUCCUUUUAAAUUAUUUAACUUUUAUCGCAUACAUUGUGUAGUUUAGUCCUAUAUUGUAUGGAACUGUAUUAUAAGUCUGGUUUUGAAAGGUAUUAGAGAAUAAUGUUUAUUAUUAUUUUACACUGUUUGCAUUUCCUUGUAAAUUAAGAUCGAUUUCUAACGGUGUGUGCUCGGUCAGCAGUGCGCGCCGCCGCGGUAGAGGGCUCCUCCGCCGUGCACCGUGAACGCGCCUCUCUAUGCGGUUUGAAUAAAGACGGAAAAGAAGGAAAAAAACAGCAAAUGGUGAAAAGACAUGAAGCCGGUACUAAAGCGGAGAGCAGAGACCGGUUUUAUCCCCCCAUCUGAACCCGGUCCCGGUGCACGGAGGUCCGGUUCUUCUGCUCAGCUCCACCGCUCUUUGUCAGCCGGUUCAUACACAGAGACCCGGGCGGGUUUGUGGGAUUUCUCUGAAUGAGGACGCUCUACCGAAGAGAGACCCGUUAGUUUGAAUACGUUCAAGACUCGGGAAUAUUUUUAUUUCUCUGAUUUUCUGUGGAAUCUGCGCUGGUGGGAUUUUAUUUCCUGCUGGAUUUUGAUCACCUUUUGUUCGGAGAAAGAAGCGGCUGAUGCUGCGGUGAAGUCACACUGACGGAGGAAUCACCGGGUCUUUAAUGAUCGGUUUUUAUCAGCCUGUUAAUGCUCAUUCUCCUUAACGGGACUGUGGGAGUGUGAAAACUGCGCUGAUGGGAUUGUUACAUCUUCGCAUUGCGAAUUUUACAAUUUAAUUAUUUUAUCUUGUAUCGUUAUCGCCUCUGUGUGUCGCCUGGUCUCCUCUUAUCUUUUGUGUGGAAUUGGUCUGUCAGUCCCGGACUCUGCUAGACUGUCCCGGUUGGUCCCAGUGUGUCCCGGAUUGAGGAGCAUCAUCAUGCCGGAGUGUGUGUCAGUGUCAGAGUUCGUGCAGGAGGUUCAGGAGGACUGGAGCUCGCCCACCACCUCCUCCUUCACCUCCAAGAUGAUCAGCUGCAGGAACACCGUCUACCUGCUGGAGGAGGCUUUGGACAGUGACCGGUUGGUGCUGCAGAAGAUGAAGAAAGCUGCUAAAGCCAAAUACACAUCAGGACAAGAACACGUGUCUCAUCUGGAGCAGUACAUCAAUUCGAUGGAGAAGCUGUCGGUUAACUGUCACUCGAAUGGAGAGACUGAGGUUGGCUCUGCUUUCUGUCGGCUGGCGGACUUUUCUAAAGAGCUUGUCUCUCCAAUGAAGAACCUGUUAAAGAGCAUGCUCCACAACAUCAACUUCUUCCUGGACUCUCUGGUUAAAGGAGACCUGAGGGAGGUGAAGGGGGAUCUGAAGAAGCCUUUUGAGAGAGCGUGGAGGGACUAUGAGAGCAGAUUUAAGCAGGUGGAGAAGGAGAAGAGGGAGUUGGCCCGGCAGUAUGGGAUGGUGAGGAGUGAGGUGAGCGGAGGAGAGAUCGCAGAGGAGCUCGAGAAGGAGAGACGCUCCUUUCAACUGAGUAUGUGUGAGUAUCUGAUUAAGGUCAAUGAGAUAAAGACGAAGAGAGGAGUCGACCUGCUGCAGAACCUCAUCAAACACUACCAUAGCCACAACAAUUUCCUGCAGGAGUGUGUUUCCACCACUCAGAGGUUGAAGCAGUACAUGGAGGAGCUGAACGGAGUCCUGACUACGGUGAAGCAGCGUCGAGAAGAGGAGAAGAGACAGCUGUGUGCUCUCAGAGAUCAGCUGAGGCCGGUCGUCCACACAGAGCAGGAUUCUCUACCUAAGCAGGUAUACAGCAUGCAUCAGCUGCUGGGAGACAAACAGUACGGAACAGAAAGAACAGGAUUCCUCUACAAGAAGAGCGACGGGUUGAGAAAAAUGUGGCAGAAAAGAAAAUGUUCAGUUCACAACUGUUACCUGACCAUCGCACAUGCUACUCCUAAUAAACCUCCUACCAGACUCAACCUGUUAACCUGUCAAGUCAAACCUAGUGUGGAGGACAAGAAAUGCUUCGACCUCAUCUCUCAUAAUCGGACCUAUCACUUCUUGGCUGAAGAUGAAGCAGAGUGUGUGGCCUGGAUCUCGGUGCUCAGUAACAGUAAGCAGGAGGCUCUGAGUGUGGCUCUGGACGGGGGGAGGAGAGGGGGAGGUGGAGGGGAGAGCAGUGUGGAGGAUCUGACCCGGGCCAUCACUGACGACAUCAGACGGAUGCCAGGAAACAACAGCUGCUGUGACUGUGGAGCUCCAGGUCAUAUCUGUCAAUUAAUCAAUCAAUCAGUGAAUCUUUUUUCUCAUCUUGAUAACUUGAAAUUCCUUCACUCUCUCCCUCUCUCUGUAGAUCCUGGAUGGCUCUCGACCAACUUGGGAAUCCUGACCUGUAUCGAGUGUUCAGGGAUCCACAGGGAGAUGGGGGUCCACGUCUCCAGGAUCCAGUCUCUGAGUCUGGACAGUCUUGGGACUUCAGACUUGCUGUUGGCCAGGAAUGUUGGUAACUCUGGAUUUAAUGAAAUACUGGAGGCGAACCUGCUGAGUCCGUCACUGAAGCCCUCCCAACACAGCCACAUGGCAGAGCGUAAAGACUUCAUCAUGUCCAAGUAUCAGGAUAUUCAUUUUGUGAGGCGGAGUCACAGCUCGGCUGCAGCGAUGCGACUCGGCCUGCAGGAGGCGACCAAGAGCUGCGACAUCUAUAGUCUGAUCCAUCUGUAUGCUCAGAGGACGGAGCUGAGCCAGCCGCUGCACACACACAUACAGGAGAAAGGGGAGACUGCGCUCCAUCUAGCCGUCCUAUUGGCUGACAGGACUUCGCUGCACAUCCUGGACUUCCUGGCUCAGAAUUGGUUUAUUUUUUCUAAUAGCUCCAAUGUUGACAUGCAGACAUCAGCAGGAAACACAGCGCUGCAUUACAGCUGUCUACACAACAAGAGUGACUGUGUGAAACUGCUGCUGAGAGCCAGAGCCAACCCACACAUCAAGAACGAGUUAGGAGAGACCGCUCUAGACGUCAGCCGAAGGUUGAAGCACAGCCAGUGUGAGGAGCUGCUGCAGCAGGCCCAAUCCAACCAGUUUGACCAUCACGUCCACGUGGAGUAUGAGUGGAGGCUUCGUCAUGAUGAUCUCUACGACAGUGACGACGACUUUGACGACAAGAAUGGCCCAGUGAAGAAGGAGCGCACCUCCUCUUCCUCCUCCUCUUCCUUCACCUCCUCCUUCUCCUUCACCUCCCGUCCCUUCAGCUUCAGCCAGUCCACAUCCUCCUCCAUCAUCCAGCCCUCCUCUGGACCAGCAGGAGGAGGUCUGCUCAGUGUGGGGAGGAGGCUCGCCAUGGCCAUGGAGCUGCACAGCCGGCCCUCUGGCUCUGCUCCAAGCCCACCUCCACCUCCUCCGUCGUCUCCUGCACCCCCACUGCCCCCAAGAGUCAAAGCUCCCAGUGUUCCUCCUCCUCCCCCUCCUGCUGGUGGGGAGGGAGUGGGUGGUGAGGAGGAGGAAGAAGGGGAGGUUUUCUUCCCCCUGACAGGAAACAGAAAGUCAACCCCUCCACCUCCCAUCGCCGUCCGACACAAGAGGAGCUGCUCUGAGUCCAGCAAGCACGAUUAUGGGUUGCCAACCAGUCCCAGGAUCUACAGCGGUCCAGACUCCUCCUUUAAGAAGUGUGUUCCAGCUUCUCCUCUCAGUUCGCUGACUGAACGACCAGACAGAGGUUUUCGGAGGGCAGAUAGUGACGGUAGCUCCUCCCACUUCCUGCACCCUGCCAGUAAAGCUCCGCCCAAUGGAUCUCCCACCAAUCAGCGCUCUCAGAGCUUUGAGAGCAACAGCAGAGGCCCCGCCCCACAGCCACUUCCUCGCAGAUCAUUGGUUGCCCGAGGCACAUCGAGUCGGCGGGUUCAGGCACUGUACGACUGCCAGGCCGACCACCAUGAUGAGCUGAGCUUCUCUGAGGGACAGGUGCUGGUGGUCCUGGGACAGGAAGACAGUGAUUGGUGGCAUGGCUACAUAGAGGACGAACCAGACCAGAGAGGCUUGUUUCCGUCUUCCUUCGUCCAGCUGCUCUCAGACUGACAUUAACCUGGACCAGCACGAGACCCAACCAGACCUUGGACCAGUCCAAGACUCAACAGACCCUGGGACAGCACAGACCAAACCACAACAGAGCUGAG